CGUCGCCGCGGCUGCAGCGGAGCAGCGCGAUGGGUCCAGCGCUGCCUCUGGGGCUCCUUUUGGGGCUCCUCUUGGGGCUGCAGGGGAUCCUGGGGGACCCGGGCGGCCUGCCGAGAGUUCUCCACUCCCUGCGUUACCUGGAUGUGGCGGUGUCAGAGCCCAGCCCGGGGAUCCCCCAGUACAUGGAAUUGGGGUUCGUGGAUGGGAUCCCCUUCACGCGCUACGACAGCGAGCGGGGACGGAAAGUGCCACUGACGCAGUGGAUGGAGGAGGGAGCUGAGCCGGGAUAUUGGGAGAGCCAGACCCAGAACUGUCAGAGGUACCAGCAUGUGCAUGCCAGGAACCUGGAGACGCUGCGGCACCGGUACAACCAGAGCGGGGGUCUCCACACCAUACAGGAAGUUUACGGCUGUGACCUCCUGUCCGACGGGAGCAUCCGUGGAUCCGAGCGGCAUGGCUACGACGGGCGGGAUUUCAUUUCCUUCGAGCUGGGAUCCAAGAGCUUCGUGGCAGCCGACGACGCUGCUGAGAUCACCCGGAGGCGCUGGGAAGAUGAGAACGUGGCUGAGAGGCGGGAGAAUUACCUGGAACACGUCUGCCCGGAAUGGCUCCAGAAAUACGUCAGAUAUGGGCGGAAAGAGCUGGAGCGCAAAGUGGUCCCUGACGUCCAUGUGUCCGGAAAAGAGGAACAUGGGACACUGAUCCUAUCCUGCCACGUGUACGGAUUCUAUCCCAACACCAUCGCAGUCAACUGGAUGAAGGGGGGUGAAAUCCGGGAUCAGGAGACGGAGUGGGGCGGGAUCGUUCCCAACAGCGACGGCACCUUCCGCACCUGGGCCAGGAUCGAGGUGCUGCCGGAGGAGUGGGAGCAGUACCGGUGCCGGGUGGAGCAUCCUGGAAUGCUGGAGCCCGGGAUCUUCGCUUGGGAGCCGACAUCUGGCAGGAAUCUCGCCGUGGUGAUCGCUGUGUCCGUCAUUGCUGCCAUCCUCGUCCUUGUCCUCAUUGGAUUCGGUGUUUGGAGGCUCCAAUCCGGGAGGAGGGACAGGAAUGGAUACAACCCGCCAGCCAGAAAGGACAUGGAACUCAACAGCUGAAUCACACUUAUGGAGCGGGAUUGGGGUGUGCUUGGCUUGCAGCCUCUUUACAGAGCAUGCUGACCCUAACAGUGAACUGCCAAAGAAAACAAAGUGAUAAAUUCUCCUGCUUGUUGAACAAGAACAAGGAUCAAACAAAGGUCUGCAAACAUCUGGUAAUUUGCUUUAAGAUAAGGAUAGUAACGUGUUUAGAGAAGAACGCAAACAGUAUUAUAAAUCAGAGCUAUAAGUUUGUAUUCUAUUUUUAGAUGCUUGGCUAAAACUAUAUAAGUAAUGCAAGAGCAAGAAAUAAAGGUCUCAGUUCCACAUCA